AUGGUAAAGAUGAAAAUGUGUAAGUCAAUUGUUUUGAUAGUUUUUGCUCUUGUUUGUGUGUUAGAGUUUGCUCAUGGAUGGGAAGCAGGCCAUGCCACAUUCUAUGGUAACAUAGAUGGCGACGAAACCGCUUUCGGUGCAUGUGGCUACGACGUAUUCAACCAAGGAUACGGAUUAACUACAACCGCAUUAAGCACAGCCCUAUUCAACAAUGGAAGGACAUGUGGUGCAUGUUUCCAAAUCGUUUGCGCACAUUCGCACAAGAAUUGCAUUCAAAAUGCAGGGUCCAUAUAUGUAACCGCCACAAAUUUUUGCCCUCCUAAUAGUACAAUAGGUAGUUAUCCUUGGUGCAAUCCACCACGCAAGCAUUUCGAUUUAUCACAAGUGAUGUUUAGGAAGAUAGCGCGUUACGAGGCUGGAAUCGUGCCGGUUUACUUUCGAAGAGUCAGUUGUAGGGGUAGGAUAGGCGGAAUGAAGUUUAAAAUGAAUGGUAAUCCUUAUUGGAUUCUUGUUUUGGUGUUUAAUGUUGGUGGAAGUGGAGAAGUUGUUGGUGUUAAGGUUAAAGGAAAUCAAACUGGUUGGAUUGAAAUGGUUAAAAAUUGGGGACAGAAUUGGUUGACUUUGGAGAGAUUACUGGGUCAAAGUUUGUCUUUUCAAGUUACUACUAGUGAUGGGAAAAUUACUUUGUCUAAUAAUGUUGUUCCAUUUAAUUGGCAAAUUGGUCAGACAUUUGAGGGUAAUAAGGUCUUGGUUUGA